CUCCCUCAUACAUUGCUCACCUUCACAACACGACAUUCUGAGACACAUUUAUCCCCUUUGUCCCUCCCUCGUUGGUUCCUUACUCCAUUCUCUUCGACAACUCACUCUCCCUCUCUCAAAUUCUCACAUAAUUAUUAGGGUUAGGGUUUCAACCAUUCCUCCAAUUUCGAAUGCAUUGAAAGCCCCUAAUUCUCCCACCCUGCUACCAACAAUGUACAGCUCCAUGAACAUCCCCGAUCAGAUCGAAGACAACGACGGCGAAAAUCACAUCCAUUACGAUUCCCAUACCCUCGAUGACGGUGGCGGUGGCGGUGGCGGAGUCGAAGAUGUUUCCACCGACAACGCGUAUGGUUCCGGUGGUGUAGGCCAUGAAUUGUCUAUCCCGCCCUGCGAUGAUUCUAGCCAGCUCACGCUUUCGUUUCGGGGCCAAGUUUAUGUAUUUGAUUCUGUCACGCCUGAAAAGGUUCAAGCAGUGUUGUUGCUUUUGGGAGGGUGUGAAUUAUCUUCUGGGUCGCAAGGUUUGGAGAUAUCGCCUACAAAUCAGAGGGGUUCAGCGGAGUUUCCUGCGAAAUGCAGUCUACCGCAGCGAGCAGCCUCGUUAAUUAGGUUUCGUCAGAAGAGGAAAGAGCGGUGCUUUGAUAAGAAAGUUAGAUAUGGUGUGCGUCAAGAAGUUGCGCUAAGGAUGCAACGUAAUAAAGGACAAUUUACAUCAGCUAAGAAACAAGAUGGAACUAACAGUUGGGGUGCAGAUCAAGAUUCAGUUCAGGAUUUAGUUCAAUCAGAAACCUCGUGCACGCAUUGUGGAACAAGUUCAAAAUCCACCCCCAUGAUGCGAAGGGGGCCAUCUGGUCCAAGGUCACUUUGCAAUGCUUGCGGGCUUUUUUGGGCAAAUAGGGGUACUUUGAGGGAUCUUUCUAGGAGAAACCAUGAACAGUCUUAUGCUCCUCCUGAGCAGGUAGGAGAGGGUAAUGACUUGAACUGUCGGACUGCAACCCCUUCACAUCACGAUCCCCGGACUGCAACCCCUACACAUCACGACCCCGUUGAUGAUAAAACAGCUUUGGUGGUAUCUGAUUGUUGAGUUUUUCUGGUCCUUGACAGUGGCAAUUGUAGGUUUUUAGUAAUUGCAUUCAGUUUGGCUGAUAGUUGUACAGAUAUAGCAAAGCUUUCAUCAAUACAAGAGGUUUAUUUCUAUACUCUUGGAUUAGUUACAUUUGUUGUUUGUCUCUGAAUGCAUAAACUAGAAUUUGAAUGAUGACUUGAUCUCAUGCCCUGGACGGUUGUUUUAGUUUGAUCUUAAUGUGAAAAUAUUCCAAACAGUA